AUGCCCCAGGACACCCAGACAGAGCUUCAGAGCCAAAUCCAGCCUGAUUUUCCACCAGAGGAGCCACACAGGGAAUGGCCCUACGAGUGUGAUGAAUGCAGCAAGAGGUUUCAGGUCACCUCCAAUCUCCUCCAUCACCAGUGCACUCACACAGAGGAGAGGCCCUUCCGCUGCCCCGACUGCAGGAAGGGCUUCAGGGACAAGUGCAGUCUCCUCAGGCACCAGCUCAUCCACUCCAGGGAGAGGCCCUACGAGUGUCCCAGGUGUGGGAAGAGCUUCAAGACCAGCUAUGAAGUGACUGCCCACCAGAGGAGCCACACGGGGGAACGGCCCUACGAGCGUGGGGAGUGUGGGAAGAGCUUCAGGACGAGCUCCCACCUGAGUGCCCACCAGCACAUCCACAGCGGGGAGAGGCCCUAUGAGUGUGCCUGCUGUGGGAAGAGCUUCUCCAAGAGGUCAGCCUUGACCCAACACCAACGCAUCCAGCUGUUGUGUUGUCUGUAUAAGUUGGACUGUUCUGUUCCCCCUAUCAUGCAAUAGUUGUGCCCUGGUUCUCCCUUUCCUCCUUUAUGCUGCCAGUUAUCCCAACUCCUCCCCAGUUGCCUUGGAGAUUAAUGUACCCUUCCUCAAAUCCCUCCCCGGUGCCCUGUCCGUCACUCGGCGCUCCCACCCUUCUCUCUAGAACUCUCUAGAAACUUU